AUGUUUUCAACAAUUACAUUGAACGACAUGGAUUUGGACGUGGCCAAGAGUCUUGCGAGCUAUUUCGCUGCAAUAAGUCGACUGACCAAAGUCUAUUUUUUCAUGCCAAAUAUUAUGUCGAUGACACUCGAAAAGGCAAUCCAAGUGCCGUCCCCCACGAUUAGUCCCAAUGGAGAUGAAAACCCUGACCGAACUCAAUGUAUCGAUGCCGGUCACUUGUGUGAAACUGCAGGAUAUAGAUGCUGCAAUAACGGACAAGGUGGUAACCACAAACACGGUCAAACCUAUAAAAGCCGAUCAUUUCGGAAAAGUACUAAAAAAAACUUCAGGCGAUUAUUGUGCUGCAAUUAG